AUCUGGCUUUUCCCCAAAUUUUGGGGGAAAAUAUUGGCUCUUUGGGAUUAGGGUUUAAUAAUUUUUUGAUUCAAGCCGAAAGUCUUUUCUCUAAAUUGAACAUCUUCUCCAAAUAUCCCUACUUUAUCUUCUAUUUCUUCUUCACACACUGGUCUAAGUCACUGUGCGACAGUGAAGUGGCUUCCUUUUCAAUUAAUAUUUUUAUCCGUCAAUACCAGUAAUUUUUUUUUUAAUUUCUUUAGAGUUUAGAGUUUUAAGAUUAAUUCUGUAAAUUAGGAUCUCGCAUGAUCUAAAAAGGAAAUUACAAAAAUUUUCUAUUUUUACAGACUGUAAUUGUAUGGAAUCUUAGUACACCAGAAGAUGGCAGGAUCUGAGACAGGAGUGAUGACAAGUAGAGAACCCUUUGGCGUGGGUCUUCAAAUGAGCCCUGUACCGUCACAGCCGGUGAUGCAAAAUAUGCGUUUAGCCUUCAGUUCUGAUGGGACUGCUGUCUACAAGUCUAUGAACGCCACUUCCCCUUCCUACCAACCAAAUUCCACCGGCGCUACCCCUGUCGGUGUCGUUGAGGGUGGUUCCACCGGCGGACAUGCUAUGACUCCAGGUCUUAACAUGAACAUGGGAAGCGAGCCAAUGAAGAGGAAGAGAGGGAGGCCAAGAAAGUAUGGUCCAGAUGGCGCCAUGGGGUUGGCUUUGAUGCCUGGACAGCAGUCCGUCGCUGGAACCCAGUCUAUUGGAGCUGGAGGCUUUUCAUCUCCUCCUCUUACUGCAUCCGCUUCCCUUCCAUCUGGAGCAUCAGUUUCUCCAACUUCCUUGAAGAAAGCCAGAGGGAGGCCUCCUGGUUCUACAAAGAAGCAGCAGCUGGAAGCUUUGGGACCAGCGGGGGUUGCGUUUACACCUCAUGUCAUCACCGUAAAAGCUGGAGAGGAUGUGUCAUCCAAAGUAAUGUCAUUUUCACAACAUGGACCGAGGGCUGUUUGCAUCUUGACUGCAAAUGGAGCCAUAUCCAAUGUGACUCUUCGCCAACCAGCCACAUCUGGUGGGACUGUAACUUAUGAGGGAAGAUUUGAGAUUUUGUCACUUACUGGUUCAUUUCUGCUAACUGAAAAUGGCGGUCAGCGGAGCAGAACUGGAGGGUUAAGCGUGAUGCUAUCUGGUCCAGAUGGCCGGGUUUUAGGUGGUUGUGUGGCCGGUCUUCUGACAGCUGCAUCCCCUGUUCAGGUUGUUGUUGGCAGUUUUCUUGCAGAUGGUAACAAGGACCUAAAGCAAUCUGGAAACCAGAUGGAUCCUCUAUCUGCUCCACCAAAGCUUGUUCCAGUUGGUGGACCAGCAGGCCCCAGCAGCCCACCGUCUCGAGGAACCCUUUGUGAAUCGUCAGGUGGGGCUGGCAGCCCACUUAACCAGAGUACAGGAGCCUGCAAUAACAAUAACCCACAAAGCAUGGUGACCAUGCCAUGGAAGUAAAAGCUGUCAUAACCGAAGUAAGUGCUUCACUAAUUUGUGUAGUAAAACAUGGGCUCUGUUGUUGUCUUACUAUUCACUAUAGCCUCCUCAAGAGACCCAUUUGUAAUUUGAAAUGUCCCUUGUAAUCGUUUAAGAGUAGAAUGAGAGACUUGAGAAUGCUUUUCUUGCUUGACCUUGUCAAUGGCAGAGAAGCACCGGGUAGGUUAGUGAUACUCAAAAACUCUGAGGCUGUGUUGGUUUAGGGAAUAGAGAAAAUAGUAUGUUUCUUUAGGUGUUAAAAAGAGUGAGAUUGGAUUAGUUUUUAACAUGUCUCGGCAUACUGUAGUUCUUUGUUGUUGUUGUUGUUGCUAAUUUCAUGGAUCGGAAUUUGUAGUUGUCUCCAUUGAUCAGAUUCAGAUCAGGUUCAGGUCCACAUCUUCCAACCCA